GUGCGAUGACUCUUGGUUCAUUUGGUCACGUCUGAGACGCAAAUUCACCGUCCGCAGAAACAGUGUCCCGAUCGGACGAAUUUCAACAGUAAGAUUGUACUUCAUAAAACACGAGUGAAGACAUGGAAAGCUGUUUAAAUCCUCUGAAGCUCAGGAGUAUUUUGAAGCUGCUGAUUUGAGGGUGCUUUACUGAAGGAGAAAGUGAUCGCUGCACUUUUGCCAUUUUUGUAACAACCUGAAGACACCAAGCCAAUAAUCCUUUCUGUGUUUUCCCCCUAAUUUUUUCAGCUUUGCAUUGUUCUUGGAAAGUUGUGUGCCCCCUAUUGCAAAUUCCCUCAGCCAUUUUGGGAGUCUGCCACUCUUAGGCCCUGGCUCCCUUCAGUUGGCACAGAUAAAGACUCAGUUGGCACUCCACCAGCUGAAUGCAAUUGCUGGCAGAAGCGUGGCUUCACCUGCCUUGACCUUGCUCAACUUUCUUAAGGUCACCAUGUCCCAUCCAUUAUAUAAUCCCCGUGGGGGGACAUUCCCUAAUAGUCAGAGGCCCAUUGUACAUGGCCAGUUUGGGUCACAGUCUGGACUGGAACUGGGGGCAGCCCGUCUUGGCCCAGGUUCCAUGUCCACUUCUCGUGGGGGAUUGAUGGUUAACCAGCAGAUGCCCUUUGCGUUGGGACAACGUCAGUCACAGAUUUCCCAAGACCUUGAAGCCACCAUAGACCGGAACCUUCGGGGAGCCCGCGAGGAAGUUCGCCGCCUUACUCAAAUACUACAGCAACCCAAAACAGCAGACCCCCGCUUGAGAAAGGACACAAGGGAUGAAGGGCUUUCCUCAGGAGGGACUGGUUACCCAGGGACUGGUGGCUCUUUGAGAUCCGAUAAGGCUGACUGGUCUCUGUAUCCCAACAAGCCCUUUGCCUCUUCUAGCUUGGAUCGUUCUUCCAGUUCCACACAGGUGUUCCAGUCUUCGGGUUUUAGUAGCAGUGGAGCAUCCAGCAGUUUGGACAGCCAACCUCUGCCAGAACAACGACCUUCACGCUACACCCCAGAAAGUGCCAGCAGCAUCCUGGCCAGCUUUGGACUCUCAAAUGAGGACCUAGAGCUUCUAAGCCACUAUCCAGAUGAUCAACUGACACCUGACAACCUCCCAGUUAUUUUGCGUGACAUCCGUAUGCGCAAAGCGAAUAGAAGCAUCACUGAUAUUGAUGCAAGACCUGAACUCAUGGCCUCGGACCCGCGGCACGGCAAAGUAAUUGACUAUGGACAUUUUAGUAAAUUUGGCUAUCCUGAGGAGAACGCAGAUGGCUAUGCAAGUGAACACCUACCUAAAGAGUCACCAAAGUAUGGGAGGGAUGUUUCUGGACCCCCCUUUAGUGGGAUGGACAUAAAACGUCCUCAGCCCUGCCAAGCAGCUUCAGGUCCUGCACAAGUUCUAAAUCUUCAGAAACCUCCACCAGUGGAUCCAAGACCCAGCAAGAUGUUCACAGCAAGACCAUCUGCUUCCCAGUCUAUUCUGCCAUCUUCCAGUCGACCUCCUUCUCAGAUGCCGCCGCCUCAGAUGCCGUCACUUUUACAGAUGCCACCUCCUUCACAGUUGAUGCCUCAGCUUGGUGUUCUUCCUCUGACCAUCAGUCAUAUGUCCGCAAGUCCAAGCUCUAAAUGGAUCCCGUUCCUUUCAUCUCCAAUCAGUGCACCUGUUGCAAAGAGACUUCCUACCCCCACCAUGAUGAAUGAUUACUCAUCAGCUACUCCAAGAAUCUUUCCUCAUACAUGCUCUCUAUGUAUCAUUGAAUGUGUCCAGAUUAAGGACUGGAUUGAACAUCAGAACACAAAUCUUCACAUUGAGCGUUGUAGACUUCUUAGGAAACAAUACCCUGACUGGAAUGUUGAGGCUGUCUCAGUUUCAAGACCUGACACACAGCAGUCCGAGCACAGCAACUUGAAGCGUCACACCCGUUCUCACUCAUACUCCAGAUCCCCCAGCCCGAAGAGGCACCAUGAUUCAUCAAGCCGUUGUAUACGGUCACGCUCUCAAUCCCGUUCACGAUCGCGGAGCCCUCGAAGGAACCGCCGCAAUAGAAGUCACAGCCGGUCUCGGUCCCCCUACAGGAGGACUCAAGGGAGCCCUUACAGACGGAGGUCCCGUAGUCCGCCAGCCCAUCGGUCAAGAUCUCCAGGUUACAGUAGUCAUUACAGUAGCAGUAAGCGUUCUCCUGCACGUCGAUCAAGCCCCCGUCGGAGCAGCCCCUCCCAGCAGAGAUCUAGUAGUAGUGAACGACUGGCCAAAAAAAUCAUGUCAUCCGCUGAGCUUUCCUCAAUCGCAGAUAGUAGUACUUUGAAGGCAGUAGUGGAAUCCUUGGCACCAGCCCUACUUGCAGAACUAGCUAAGAAGAGAAGCAGCUCGACUGCUUCCUUGUCAAAGGGAAGUAGCAGCAGUUGGAGACGGUCUUCCUCUCCUUCUAAGAGAAGUGAACUCUCCAGGUCAAGCAGACACUCCACCUCAAGCAGACACUCCACUUCAAAGACUACCAGCUCAUUAAAGGAUGCAAAGCCUAAAAGCAAGGAUGCCCCAGGCACUACCUGUUUACUGAGACUCUUGGGAAUUCCUCAAGGCACUACCAGCAAAGAACUGACAGAUGCCAUUAAACCCUUUGGCAAGAUUUAUACUGCCAUCCUCCUCAAAGCCAUUAAUGAGGCCUCAGUGUGUAUGGAAAGAGAGGAGGAUGCCAAAGCUUUGCUCAACUGUAAGAAUCUGACAAUUCAUGGGCAGGUCAUUAAGAUCCUCAUGGAGAAGGAUGCAAGAGAUGCUGACAGAAAAAAAUCUAUGAAGACAGAAAAAACUGUUAUGAAAAAAGAGGUGACUACAACAAAGCCAACCCAGUCAGUAUAUGUAAAAAGUAUCAACGCGUUCAAGGCACCAUUGUCAACUAAAGCAAAAUAUUUGACAAGUGUCAGGACAUUUCCGGUGAUCAAGGCACCCCAAAAACUACGUGACCCCAGAAAGACCGUACAGACCGUUAAAGCUAAACCCCCUGCUAAGGGUUCAGAGAGACCAGUUACCAAGAAGAUUGUAAAGAAGGCAAUCCCCUGGAGAAAAAAUAUUGUUGAGAUUUCUGGUCUUCCAGAAGAAGGGGUUACUGAGGAUGAACUCACAAAAUUUGCUAAACCCUAUGGCAUCAUCUCAACUCCUGUCAUAGCAAUCACUCAGAAAAGGGCCUUCCUGCAAAUGCUUAACACAGAGACAGCUGAAGCCAUGGUGAAGGCCUGCUCUGAAACCCCAGCUAAAAUUCAGGAGAAACCGAUAACCGUCAAGAUGAUGAUGCAACCUAUCGACCUGUACUACGCAGAGUCACUUUUCAGAGUACUGGUGGGCAUGGAGAAGUCCCCUACAUUGCCAGAACGUCUACUCAUUGUUAAAAAUGUGCCAAAAACACUUGAUGCAGUCAAGGAAGUAGAGACCCUGAUUCAGCGCCAUGGUACCUACAAGAAGCAUUUGCCUUUAAAUGGCAGGGUGAUUUUUGAAAUGGAGAGUGCUGCUAAUGCCAGGAAAGCCUACAUUCAGCUCCUCAAGAUUCGUUCUAUGGUCCAGAACAAUUUGCUUGCAUUUCAACUAGCCAAACCAAUCAAGGUGAUGAAGAAGCCACAAGCAAAAGGAGCUAAACCUCCCGGUAAGUCGGCAGCUACAGAUGGGAAACCUAAUACCAUCAAAGCACAAAAGCCAGCAGCAACUACUGCAUCUAGAACUGAUGGUGCUGCUACUUCAGAAGCAACUCCCACUGUUGGCACAGUUAGUGCCCAGGACAACAUGACUGCAAUUCCACAUGUCACUACAGACAAAGUUGCCCCAACUGACACUGAUAUUAUGACAGAAGAAACAUCUACUUCUGAGAUUAAAGAAAUGGAUACCCACAAUGAUGCCCAAACUGAUAAUGAAACUGUGAUGAUGACCCCAGAUACUGACUCUGUGAAAGCAAAGAUUGAAGUUGGACCCUCCAUUAUUUCUUCAGAAUUUGCAGUUGCAGAUGAGUCUGAGAAGGCAGAGCUGGAAUUGGCAUCAUUGGGUCUCUUAGAAGAACCAGCUGUUUUAGUGGAACCAGUAAAUGUAAAGCAUGAAUUGGAUACCCCAGUUUCCACCACAGAAUCUGCUGUUUCAAUUGGUACAGCUGAUCAGAAUAAGGUUUCACCUGUGGACAAUCAGAAUAUUCCAAAGGAUGAAGAUGUUUCCAAAGAAUUGGUUCUUACAUCUGUCAAAGUUAAUGCAAUUGACAAAGAAAAGUUGGCAAUAGACCAACAACCAUCAAGUGAUGUUGAGUUGAAGUCAGAAAUGGAGGUUGUUGUUUCAACUGCUAGCAGUGGAGAAACUCCAAUGGAGGCCAUGGAGACUCAGAGUCAAGAAGAACUUACCAAGCGCACUGAUGUUAUUGAGCGCAGUUGUGCAUCACAGGAGAUUGAGAAUGAGAACCAAAUGAAUGACCUUAAACCAAUUAAACCUUUUGAAACCAAUAAUUACGCUCAACAAAUAGAUGACCAUAAACCUCAACUUGGUGAUCAAAUCCAACCUGGUGAGAAGAUUGUCCAGGCAACUGCCACAUCUGACGCUAUUCCAAGCUCAGAUCCUGCCUCUGGCCUGCCUUCCACUUCUGAUCAAACUGUCAGUGAAUCAGCUGUUAAAGUUAUACCAGCUUUAAACAGUCCGCAAACUUUGCCUCUGCCCUUUGAUGAUAUGACACUGGACUUUCCUCCGGUUACACAUGAGAUUUUAAAGGCACUUGAAUUAGCUGUUCAUCAGUGUCGCAUGCAGUCUUCAUUAAAAUAUGUUGAACAGGAUGCCGAAAAAAAGGCUGAAGCAGAGAAAACAACCAACAAGGUUCCAUCAAGCUCCAAGAAGCCACCCUCAUCAGAUAAAGCGGAUAAAGCUGUGAAGAAAGCCACCCAAUCUGAUAGAAAAAAUUUGCUGUCUGAGAAAGAGAAAAAGCCUCAGAACUCCAGAACUAGAAGCAGGAAAAUGGACACAUUGUCCCCAGAGGAGGCGGCAUCUUCUAAGCACAGGAGCAGGGGGAAUUCUGAAGAUUCCCCUUCAAGGCAUUCCACACCGCCAUCAGGGUCAUCCUCCCGGAAGAGCAGGCGUAAAUCUAGCCCCCCAUCAAAGAGAUCAAGGGGGCAUGUUGAUGAUCGCAGGAGUCAUAGUAAGAGCUCACAGCCCUCAAGAAGUCACACAAAAACAAGUAAAAUCGAAAAGGCAAAAGAGGAAGAGACUAAAUGGUCUGAGGAACCAUUUCCCUUUAACAUUGAUGAGUUUGUGACGGUCGACGAAGUAGGGGAUGAUACAGAGGAAACUGUGACCUUAAGCUCUGAGUCUUUAGCCAAGGACGAGAAAGUCCAGGAUGAUCCCAGUGCUCUCUCCACCAUCUCUUCUAAUGCAAAGUCUACUCCAGCUAAUGAACCAAAACAAAAGUCAAGGUCUAGAUCUACAACUUACAAGACUAGAUCUUCUGAGACCAAGGACCCUAAAGUUAUUGACACUGCAGGUAAAAUUGAAACAAAGUCUGAAGAAACCAUGCCAGUUGCUGAGGUUGUAGAAUCUCAAAAGCAGAAAGAGAACGAGCCUCAGGAAGAGAGCAUGGAUAACCAACUGGAACCUGUUGCAGUGAAACGUGCUGUUGAGAGUACAGAGCUUUAUACUCCUCUAGGAUCUUCAGCUCCUGCAGAGGAGAACCCCAGUUUUCCGACACAGACCUUUUUUUCCACGAAAGAAAGCACUGGCAUUGAAACAACCCAGCCUGUUUCUUCCUCCCCUGUCCAGAAGGAAGACUGUCAAACAACUUCUACAAAAAAGUUAGGGAAAUCAGAAAAUGGCAAUGCCGAGCAGUCUGAAACUUCUGCUCCAGACAUGGAAGAUAAAGAUGAGGCAACUGUGAUGUCUGACCUUCCCUCCCAUGAUGCUAUGGUGACUCUUGAUGAGGUCAGUGAGGGUGAGGAAGAUUUUCCUGAAGCAGCAGAUGAGGAACAGCAUUCAAUGGCUGAAGAAGUCCCUGAGACACUUUUGACUGUUGAUGAAGUUGUAGAUGAGGAAACUGGAGGUGAAGAAUACCAGUUGGAAAAAGAACUUCAAGACCUGGUCACACUUGAUGAGAUUGUUGAAGGGCAUGAUUCGUUUAACAAUGAGACACUUGUAACCCUGGAUGAGGCCAAGGGUGAUGAUGAUGAGAUUGAGGAAGUGGAGCAGAGUGAGCCCAAGCCUACCAGUCCCAACUUCAAAACACCACCCAGGCCAGAGGAGCCUGAGCAAUCACCAAGCCAAGAGGAAGAUGCCUGUGAUUUGGAAGAUUUUUGUUCGAUGAAUUUUGUAACCGUGGAUGAAGUAGGGGAGGAGGAAGAGGAACAGCCACCAAGUGAAGAGGUCAAGGUACAGGAGGUAGUAAAAAAGACAGCUGCAAGGGCCAAAAAGAGAGCUCGCCAGACUCCAGUGAGAAGAUCCACAAGGGGUAAAAGAGAUGCAGCAAAGAAUGACAAAGAGUCAGAUGAGCCUGAGACGAGUGCAGAGGGUGAACCAGCACCAACUGCCUCCAAACCUGAGAGUCCUCCUUCAGCUCCAGACCCUGUAGAGCUUGAUGAGCCAGACUCCCAAAAGGCUGAAACCGUGAGAGUUCCAGAUUCAUCUAGCACAGAGAUUGUCUCUUCCGGGUCAGAUGAGAGGAAUGGAGACAAAGUUGAUGACUAUUCGGAGUCAGAAAGAGCUGUUGUUGAAAUGCCUGUUGCUGACAAAAAAACAACAAUCAAAGAAGAGUCUAAACAAAGACGUGAGACUGAGAUGAGGGAGGAACCCGAAGCCAAGAAAGUCUGUUCUCAAUUUCCUGUGAUUGAAGAUUUCACCUUGCCCCCAUAUAGUCCAGACAACCCCAUUGGGGCUGACUUUGUGGUGCCUAAAACGGGUUUCUUCUGCAGACUUUGCUCUCUAUUCUAUGAAAAUGAGGAAACUGCAAAGAAAAGUCACUGUAGUAGCCUACGGCAUUACCAGAACAUGGAGAAAUAUAAGAGGCUCAAGUCUCAGCAGCAGCGUGGCAAAUCAACACUGACAACGUCCAGUCAAAGUUCUGCAUCCGAGUAGCCUAUCUGAAUGUUUUUUGUAUUAAUGUUAAUGGAUGGGUCCAAUUAUUCAGUUGUAAAGUUUUAUUAAUUUUUCUUGUUUUGAAUGAAAUACAAAAAGUCUCUUGCUAAAUAAAGACAAUGUAGAACAUGUACUCCGUUCACAAUGCCUCUGUAUGACAUAUGAUACCUAUUGUGUCUCUAAACAGUAUAUGCAUUUAAUGUCUGCAGAGAAUGGACACUCUUCUGGAACCUUUUUUUUUUUAAGCCAAUCUCUUGAGCCAUAAAUACCUUAAAUUUCUCUGGAGCCACAGAAGAAUAUUGACCUGACAACACUGAUUGGCUGAUGGUAUCACUUGAACCUGCACUGUCAAGCCCUUUACUAGCGUCUAUCGUGCUGAUACAUGAGCUGUGACAUUAAAGUUGUACGUUUAAAGGAUAGUAAAAAUGUACAUUUGUUUGUGUUUCUGUGAGAGCGGAAGGGCUUGCACCCCCUAACCAGUCAUUUUAAGGGUGAUGCGCAGUGUUAGCUGUAUGUGCGAUGAUGAACAAUAUAGAGAUAUAGAAAGUAUUUUGAAUUUACGGAGUGAAAAAAGUAAACUUUUUGGUGAAAUCAGUAAAGUAAUGUGAUUACAAAUUUUAGAGAAGUAAUUUGUAGUCGAUAACUUGGUAAUUUACCCAAAACUGUUGAUAACAGAGGACGGUAUGUACUUGGCUCUGCCAGUAAUGCUGCUUUUUGUCCUUUAAGGAGCUUGACAACCCUAGUUACUAAUCAUAUCAUGAGUGUUGAGUUUUUAUUUUUGGGUGAACUAUCCCAAAUUAGCUUCUCUGCCCACUUGUAUUGAUCUCUUGUUAUAUCAGAACACAUCCAAGUAUGGAGAACACAUCUAAGUGAGAGAUACUGAAGAUGCAGAGAAAUGUUUGUGUUUAUUGUAAAUUCAUUAUAACCUAUUCUUAUCGCAAACGUCUUAAAAGCUUAGCGUAGCACAUUGUAAUCAAGUUAAAUGAAAUUCUAGUCAUGUGUUGAUUAUACAAAUAUGGAGGAAUUAUAUAGAUUAAUGCUCUUUAAACGUAUACAAAAACGUUUAAUGUGUAUACUGUCUAUCCUAAAGAAAAUUGCCCAUUUAGUUACUACUAGGGUCUCCUGAGGGAUUUGGAUGCUUGU